CAACAUGUAAUCGAACGAUACGUUCAGGCGCUGGUUCAUAUCAGCAAGCUGUGUAUCUCGGACCCUGACGCAUCAAUCGAAGAGCUUCUCCGGCCCAACCUUCUUGAUCUGGAUCAGAUCUGGGGGUGGAACCAUGAGUUACCUCUGACAUACGACUGCUGUAUGCACGAUAUCGUAGCCGAGCGCGCCAAUGAGAUCCCGGACAAGACAGCCAUCCAGUCUUGGGAUGGCAGCUUGUCGUACCGCGAAGUCAAUCGAUACUCGACGUUAUUAGCCUACCUAUUGAGGCAGAAAGGCGUCGAGACAGAUGACUUCCUGCCAAUCUGUUUCGAGAAAUCGAGGUGGACGGUGGUCGCGGUUCUUGCGGUGAUGAAAGCAGGAGGCACCAUGGUCAUGAUGGAUCCGGCACUUCCCAUUGCCCGCUUACAAAAUAUGGCUGAACAAGUCAAUGCGAGGAUGAUGAUUGUGUCUCGCAAGCAGUUCGGCUUCAGCAGGAAUAUUCUGCCCCAUGGCAACCACAUCAUCCUGGAGGAGGAUACAUUUACCCCCCUUCAAAGCUUACAGCUCCUUCCAGCCUUGCCACCUGUACCACCUUCCAGUCUCAUGUACAUCAUCUUCACCUCUGGAAGCACCGGCACCCCAAAAGGCGUCCAGAUAUCGCACAGAAGCUAUUCAAGCAGCGCUUUCCCCCGUGCCAAGGCAGUUGGUUACAGCGAAGGCUCCAGAGUUCUCGAUUUCGCGUCAUACGCGUUUGAUGUCAGCAUCGACAGCAUGAUUCUCACCUUGGCCAACGGAGGUUGCCUGUGUAUUCCGUCAGACGACGAGCGACUCAACGAUAUCAACACGGCGAUGCGACGAAUGAGAGUCAAUUAUGCUGGCCUCACUCCUUCCGUUGCUCGCAUACUGGACUUGGAAGUUAUUGCAUCGCUUGAAGGCCUUGGGCUCGGCGGUGAAGCCGCUUCAGCGAGCGAUGUCGCGUUUUGGGGCCAAUAUACUAGGAUCAUCAUCGGGUAUGGCCCCUGUGAAUGCACCAUCGGCUGCACCGUGAACAGCAACGCGGCCAAGACCAGCGACUACAUCACAAUUGGACCUGGCAAUGGCGCAGCGAUCUGGAUCGUCGACCCUCAGGACCAUGAAGCCUUGUUGCCGGUGGGCGCAGUCGGCGAGUUGCUUGUCGAGGGUCCGAUUGUCGGUCAAGGCUACCUCAAUGAUCCGGAGAAGACUGCCGCUGCUUUCAUUCAGGAUCCCUCAUGGCUCGUGGUAGGCCAUGCUCAAUACGCGGGUCGUCAUGGUCGCUUGUACAAGACUGGAGAUCUUGGAAAAUACGCCCCAGAUGAGUCUGGCGAGAUCGUGUUCGUGGGGAGGAAAGACACACAGGUCAAACUGCGUGGGCAGCGUGUCGAGUUGGGGGAGAUUGAGAGUCAGCUCAAGGCCAGGCUGCCUUCAGAAGCUGGUGUAGUAGCUGAGGUCAUUACGCCGUCUGGAUCUGGAUCCCAGCCGACUUUGGUUGCAUUUGUCGCUACCCAGAACGGAAAGGCAACCGACAAUCGACAGUUGGAGCUAUUUGAGCUACCUAGAGGGCUCCGUGAAACUGUGACCAAAGCUGUCACCGAUAUCGCAAGCGUUUUGCCCCGAUACAUGGUUCCGACUGCAUUCAUUCCCGUCAACUACAUCCCAACACUGAUAUCGGGCAAGAUUGAUCGCAAGCGACUCAGAGAAUUUGGCACCACUGUGGACCUGCGACGCCUUGACAGAGGUAUCAAGGACACGGCAUCGAGAGCCUUGAACGACCUCGAGCAAAGGCUGCGCCAAGCUUGGGCAUCCGUGCUGAGAUUGAACGAAGACGAAGUUGCCUUAGAGGAUAAUUUCUUUGCACUAGGCGGCAACAGCUUGGCAGCAAUGAGAUUGGUGUCAUUGUGUAGAGACCAAGGGCUCGACCUCAGCGUCUCUGGAAUGUUUGCCAAUCCCACCCUCCAGGAAAUGGCAAGCGUGGUCUUCCCAUGUGACUGCGGUACAGCUGCGACUGUUCCCGCGUUCUCCAUGAUAUCCCAGCUUGCCAGCAGUGCCCGCAGGGAAGCGUCACUCGCGUGUGCCACCACAGAAGCAGCUAUUCAAGAUAUCUACCCCUCUACUCCGACUCAAGAGUCAUUGUUCACGUUUUCUCUCAAAUCAACCGAGCCGUACAUUGCACAAAGGGUUGCUUGUAUCCCACCGAAUAUAGCGCUGCAUGACUGGAAACAGGCAUGGGAGUCAGUGGUCGAGGCGACUCCCAUACUGCGCACUCGCUUGGCCCAGCUACAGGAUCCGGGGCUUCAACAAGUUGUUCUGAAAGAGAACAUUGCCUGGGAUCAUGCGACUGAUCUCGCGCAAUACCUUGAGGGCGACAGGGCUCGGCGUAUGGAUCUCGGGCAGAGCUUAAGCCGGUUUGCUAUUGUACAUCACGACACCGACGGCAAGAGGUAUAUGGUCUGGACUGUCCAUCACGUUCUCUAUGAUGGGUGGUCUGAGCCCAUCGUACUGGAAAAGGUCCGUCAAGCCUUGCAACGCAGUGAGACAACACCAAAACAGCGGACGCAGGCACAUAUGCGAGACUUUGUCAGAUACGUGCGGGACACAGACCAGGCGGCGAUGCAGCAGUUUUGGCGACAGGAACUUGACGGUGCUGUCGGCGCUCAAUUCCCAGCCUUACCCUCCAGAGAUUUCCUCCCAAAGGCAGACACUGUCCUGGAGCGUCAGAUACCCAUCACGACAACGGCCGGGUUUCCAUUCACGUUGGCAACCGUGAUUCGUGGCGCCUGGGCCCUGGUAGCGUCUCAGUUCACUGCGAGCGAUGACGUCGUCUUCGGGGAAACGCUCACUGGGCGCGAUAUCUCAUUGCAGGGAGUCGAAGAAAUCAUUGGUCCACUCAUUGCUACGGUGCCAAUUCGCAUUCGCAUCGACAGGGCGAUGUCUGUCAGGGAGUAUCUGAAGGCCGUGCAGCGCAGCAUUCUUUCCCGCACUCCGUAUCAACAUAUGGGUAUGCAGCAUAUCAGAAAAGUGAGCCAGGAUGCCCAGCAUGCUUGCGAAGCUGGAACGGGAUUGGUGAUACAACCGGAGCCGGAGUAUGACGGCACCGAUCUUGGCUUUGAGCAGGGGGAUGUUGUUCGAGAAGCACUGCACUUCAACCCCUAUCCGCUGAUGCUGGCCUGUGGUAUGAAUGCCGAUGGCUUUCGAGUGUGUGCAAGCUUUGACAGCAGCCUGAUCGAGAUUUGUCUGAUGAAGCGGAUCCUUGCACAAUUGGAAACGGCUUGCUCGCAGCUCAUGAAAGACCCCAACGCACCCGUCGGCGAGAUAUCGUGUCUCCCAGCCACCGAGCUGAGCCAAAUUUGGCGUUUCAAUCGAGAAGCUCCCGUGUCCUUUGACAAAUCGUCAAAGAAACUACGAGCCGCUGCGGAUAUACAGCCGGGGUGUGUAUAUCCCCCAUUUCUAGUUCCUUGGGUUUGCUACCCGGGAAACCCUUCCCUUCUAGCACCGAUAGGGUGUGCUGGUGAUCUUUGGCUCGAAGGUCCAUCUAUGUCGACAACAGAAACCAUCGAACCACCCGCUUGGCUCCUGGCCGGAAGCUUUGAAGUCCCUGGCCGAGCAAGUCAACUGCAACCGACAGGGGAUAUUGUCAAAUUACGUGAGGACGGCCAGCUGCUGUUCAUAGGCCGAGCUGAACACAUUGCCCCAGUCAAUGGCCAUGCAGUAGAUGUUCAUGGUUUCGAGGCUCAAUUCUCGCAAUUUCUGCCGCCAUCAUGCCGUGCUGCCGCGGCUAUAUAUCGUUCCGAGACUGAUGGGCAGUCUUACAAGGAAGGGCUGCUUGUCUUCAUUGAGCCGCAGUCAUGGAAUGAGCCCGGCGAUGCGCUCUUGUCAGAGGACAUCAGAAUAAGCUGCACGGCGUCCGAUGCAGAGAUAUGGGAAACCUAUAUACACUCAACUAUUCCCACCAGCUUAGCAGUUUCGCUGAAGAGGCUCGACAAGUUCAUUCAGAACUCUUUCCCAUCGCACAUGGUGCCUUCUGCCUACAUCCCCAUCCAUGAGAUUCCCAUGACAAUGGGGCAAGUAGACCACGGCUUGGUCAAUCAACUUGCUUUGAAGAUACCCUCAGCAGUCAUAGCGCAGCUUCACGAGGGCCUUUGCAGGGAAUGGGAAAAGACCUUGGCCCCAGCCAAUUUGACACUCUCAGAGAAUAUCCUACGAUCUGCCUGGGCCGCCGUACUGGGAAUCAGCAUGGAUCAAAUCGAUGUUGACGACAACUUCUUUCGGCUCGGUGGGGACUCGGUGUCUGCCAUGAAGCUCACAUCUAGCCUCCGAAAGCAAGGACACAGUUUGAGUGUAGCGGCAAUCUUUCAGAAUAUGCGUCUCGGUGAUGCUGCCAGAGUUCUGAAGGUAAACCAACUGUCAAACCAGGAAGCCGAGCCUUACAGAGCGUUUGCAACUCUGGGCUCAAUUGACGUUGAUCUCUUUCUGUCAGAGUACAUUCGCCCAAAGCUUUCUGAUCCGUCCUGGGUGAUCAAAGACGUUCUCAUCGUCACAGACUCUCAGGCAUUGGAUGUGAGAGCAACGAUUCAGAAACCACGCACCUCUAUGCAAUAUACGAUGCUUUAUUUCGACCAGGCAUUCAUCAACCAGUCCACGUUACUGCGUGCCUGCUCCGAUCUCCUCGAAAGCCAUGACAUUCUGCGCACAGUAUUUGUUGAGCAUAAUGCAACCAUUUUCCAGGUGGUUCUCGACAAAUUACAUGUUCCAGUGACUAUACGGACCACAGACAUGGCUCUUGAUGAGUGUGUUGCCAGCAUAUGCACGGAUGAUAUUGAGUCUGACGUGCCGCUUGGAUCUCCUUUUGUGAAGUUCUACUUCGUCCAGGCCAGUGAUGGUAAAUGUUGCCUCGUCCUGGGACUGUCGCACGCCCAAUAUGAUGGAGUUUCCCUGCCCAGAUUGCUUCGAGAUCUCGAAUUGCUAUAUACUGGAGGGCAAGUCGUCAAGUCUGAACCCUUCUCAGCUUAUGUGGCGCAAACUCAGAAUCAGCGCAUGCAAGACAAGGCUCUGGAUUACUGGAGCGCUCUUCUGAAUGGCUCGAUGCUUUCGAUCUUGCCCGGCCAGUCGGCCAAUCAUAGAGACAUAGCCGUUUUCAAGUCGGCACAGACCGCGGUUUCGAAACCACCCGAGAGCAUUACAGCAGCCAGUGUUCUCACCGCGGCCUUUGCCCUGGUAGUCGCUCGCCGACUCCGCACGCUGGACGUUUCGUUUGGAGGAGUUACAUCAGGUCGUGGCAUCGACCUAGCAAACGUCGAGAACAUCAUUGGCCCGUGCUAUCAGUUCACGCCCAUUCGAAUCAAUUUCAGACGACAAUGGUCUGCAAUUGACCUUUUGCAUUUUGUCCAGAGGCAGACUGCAGAAUCCGCGGCUCACGACUUUAUCGGCUUUCGAAAAAUCGCUUCAAAAUGUCCCGCUUGGGCCUCAGGGGCGAAGUUCUUCGACUCUAUUGUGCACCAUCAAGAUUUUGAAGACUUUGACUAUAUGCCUUUUGCCAAUGGAAGUUGCCGGGUCGAAAUUCUCAACCCCCAUGGCGACGCCGCUUAUCCUUUGAAGAUUGUGUCGUUCUUCAAGAACGGAAAACUCAACGUCGGGGUCGUCGGAAGCCAGGCAGAUUUGGCCCUUGUGGACUCCAUGCUCGAGCAAUUGGCUCUUGCGGUGGAAGAGGUCGUCAGAUCGGCGACGGAGCAGACUCUGCUUGAGGUGUAUUAG